GCGGGGCUGGCGGAGGAGUACCGGCAGGAGUCCUUUGCAGGUUGUCAUUUCCCCAGGACUUCAGCUGCACCUGAGCAGAACAGCCAUGCCAGCCAGUCAGCAGGACUUUGAAAAUGCAGUGAAUCAGGUGAAACUCUUGAAGGAGGAUCCAGGAAAUGAAGUGAAGCUAAAACUCUAUGCACUGUACAAGCAGGCCACCGAAGGACCCUGUCAUGUGCCCAAACCAGCUAUCUUUGACAUGAUCAAUAAGGCAAAAUGGGAAGCCUGGAACGCCUUUGGUAGCUUACCCAAGGACACGGCCAGGCAGAACUAUGUGGAUUUGGUGUCCAGUUUGGGUUCGCCGUCUGAAUCCUCUGGCCACGUGAAGCCUGCUGCAGACAGGAGCCAGGCUGGAUAUGAAACCCUGCUGGUGACCUCAGAGGAUGGCAUCACAAAGAUCACGCUAAACCGUCCACCAAAAAAAAAUGCCAUCAGCACCCAGAUGUAUCAAGAAAUUAUGCUUGCACUUGAGGCCGCAGGCAAGGAUGACUCAGCCAUAACCAUUGUCACAGGAAAUGGUGACUAUUAUAGUAGUGGGAACGAUCUGAAUAACUUCGCUGAUGUUCACCCUAGUGAGGCAGAGGAGAAAUCUAAGAGUGCUGCCAUCUUACUGAGGGAAUUUGUAGGCCAUUUUAUAGAUUUUCCUAAGCCUCUGAUUGCAGUGGUGAAUGGUCCAGCUGUGGGAAUCACCGUCACCCUUCUGGGGCUUUUUGAUUUGGUGUAUGCGUCCGACAAGGUGACAUUUCAUACUCCUUUUAGUCACCUCGGCCAGUGUCCGGAAGGAUGUUCCUCUUACGUUUUUCCGAAGAUAAUGGGCUCAGUCAAGGCAACUGAGAUGCUUGUUUUUGGAAAGAAGUUAACAGCCAGAGAAGCAUGUGCUCAAGGACUCGUUAAUGAAGUAUUUCCUGAUAGCACUUUCCAAAAAGAAGUUUGGGCCAGGCUGAAAGCAUAUUCAAAGCUCCCCCCAAAUGCCAUGAGAAUUUCAAAACAGGUAAUCCGAAAUAGAGAGAAAGAAAAGCUACAUGCUGUUAAUUUGGAAGAAUGCGACAUCCUCCAGGAAAGAUGGCAGUCAGAGGAAUGCCUGGACGCGAUCAUGAACUUCUUAUCCAAAAGAGCAAAACUGUGAUGUUAAGCAUUUCAGAGGAGAGAGUGGGAUAUGACCUCUGCUUUUCUGAUACUGGAAGUAAAUAAACUUCCACUGUGCCUUUUGUCAGUGCUAAGAUAUCUAUGAUGACAGUUAUAAAUUUAAUGAGAGCCAUGAUGAAAAGAAAAAAAUUACAUAGAACGAGCUUUAAGAACCCACAUAGGUUUUUGGAAUUGGGUGGCGGGCGUUGGGGGGUCUUACAGCUUUCGACAUGAAUUGUUGGUGCCAGAAACACUGAAACAGCCUGCUUGGGUCCCUGCUUUGAAAAGCACUCAUAGCGUGACAAGCCGAAGUUGUAUCUUGAAACACCACAAUUGCACUUUGCUUUCCACGGGGGGUCACAGACUGAAUCGGGCCAAACGCUGC